GAAUUUUUUCAGGUCUGAUUUUCGCUAUUGCCUAAAUAGCGCUAUCUACUGCGAGGAUCGUGCACCAUAUGUAACCCCUUUUUGUUCAAACUUUUUUACUCAUGAACCUACCGAAUUAAAGAUCAAGGGUGGUUGCUGUGGUUUUCUCAAGAAAACACUGAGCACUCACUUGCAAAUGGUAAAAUCCUGUCAAAUGUUAAUUUACAUUGUUAUCAUAAUUAUAUCGAUUAUUUUGAUUAUAGCAGACAUGUUUUAUUCUUGGAAAGUAGGGUGAUGAAGUGUCACUCGAUUAGCUAAUUUUCAACGCCUUCGUUGGACUGAUUGUAUCUUGAGAAAUGAGCGCAAUCAAUUCAAGAUCCAAUUCGCCGUUGCUUAUUAAUGAAUCAAAUGAACAAUGCCCGAGAUCCGAUGAACAAUCCACAAGUAAUUACAGGCAGGUGUCGUGUUCUGCGAUUGGCUAACGCAACAGCUGUCUUUAACCACCUGAGUCAACUGUCAUCGGAAACCGAAGGCACUACUGCCUCAAAAGCACCUCGCGCCUAAAUAUGGACGCCGCUAAGGUCUUCUUCCUCCUUGUGGUGUGCUUACAUGGAGGUUUGUCUACAGAGAGAAAAAAAUCGUUGAGCAAAUGUAAGGAAGGAGAAGGUUCAUUUUAUGAUCUCUCUAUCAACGAUAUUCAUGGCUUGAAAGUUCCUGACACAGUCUACAAAAAUCACGUCGUUCUGGUUAUGAACGUCGCAACCUUCUGAGGUUUAACGAUGCAAUACAAACAAUUGAAUGAAUUACUACAAACGUAUAGAUCAGGAGAAAACAGUAAAUGUGGAUUCAGGGUUCUUGCUUUCCCUUGCAAUCAAUUUGGUCUUCAGGAACCGGGAGAGAACGCGUACGAAAUUUUAAAUGGUCUGAAAUAUGUUCGUCCAGGCCAUGGUUUCGAAUUAGAUCGUAAUCUAAAAAUGAUGCAAAAAAUUGAAGUGAAUGGCAAGAAGGAAAGCAAAAUAUUCACGUUUCUCAAGAGCCGAUGCCCGGCACCAGAUAAUUUUAUCGACGAUGCUGACAAGAUAAGUUGGUCACCAGUUAGAAACGACGAUAUAACAUGGAAUUUUGAGAAGAUUCUUAUUGACCACAAUGGGCAGCCAUAUCGACGAUAUACACCCACAGUUGAACCUAAAGAAAUUACCCAGGAUAUCGAAAAACUUAUAGGACAAUGGGAGGACGAAACUGCGGAAUAAAUAAUAAGGCUGGGAUGUUCAAAGAUGAGUAUUUAACAGAGAAAAUUCGAAAAACUCCUCUCGUUCUUUUUAAGUCUCGAUGGAAUGACAAGCGGGCCAGAAACUGUAUCUUCAGGUGGUCAUGCUUCGAAGCGAAGGUCUCGGUCGAGUUGAGUGGUCUUCAAUUCAUUCAGCCCCUCAUAAGGUUGAGAUCGCACUAAAUCGCGACUGUAGUUGGAAUGAAAAUGGUCAAAUAAAAAAGGUUAUUACAUGUACAAAAAAAAUAAUAACAAUGAUAAUAAUAAUAAUAAUAAU